UGGAUGAGAGCCUCACAGCGCAGCUCAAACGCUCCCGUUUUCUAUGGCGGCAUCGACGUCGUCCUCGUCCUCUGACUCAUCCAGCCGGGACCACCGUCGCCGGCGUCUUCAUCGCCGAGAAAAAGAUGACGCCCUCAAGAUCCGCAAGAAGAGUCGCUCUCACACGAAGCGUCGCCGUCGGCACUCCGAUUCUUCAUCCUCCUCCUCCAUCGAUUAUUCCAGGAGUGAUGGUUCUUCUGACAGUGAGCAUGAAACAUCUAAUCAUUCGAAGAGACGCAAACACAAUGACAGGCCCAAGAAGAAUAAGGAAAAAGAAAGAAGCAAGAGUCACCACCGAAAACGUCAUAAGCAAAAAGAUAAAGAGAAGGAGCAGGAUGAGAGGAGCAGCAGUCCUGUACAGCUUUCUAAGUUUUUAGGGCGUGGCAAAGAUGACAGUGUCCGCCGCAGUGCUGUCUCUGGAAAAAAGAUUCUAUUGAAGCUUGACAAAUCAAAGGAAGAUAAGGCAGCAGAAAACAAACGAAACGAAUUGCUGAAAUUCUUGAAUGCUAGUUAUGAUUGAUAUGUGUGGAGCUUGAGGGCAAUGCAAUAGAAUUGAGAAGUGAGUGAAGGAACUGGAUCAGCUUCCAAGUCCAUCCAAUAUUCUUUCUCAGGGAGCAUGGACCAAGUUGUUCAGCAUGGGGUCGAAUUCAUAUGAUGUGUUUACAAGAAAUGCAAGACAUUAUAUUUUUACAGCCUGGAGCUUUUGUAAGAACUAUGAUGAGAACCCUUGAUAUAUGGGUGUGAUGGUGUAUUUUAUCGGACCGACGUGCUCUCUUAAUUGAAAUCUAUUUGAUUAGAUACAAAUGACCUUGAGCAUUUAAA